UUAUCAAUAUAAUUUGCUGUAAGGUUGAGCUUAUAUUAUAUUAGAUAAGAUGCACUUUGGUUUUUGAUUUGAGAUCUGUGUCUGGCUUUCAGAAACCCUAACACACGCUCCAGAGGAAGAGAUAAAUCGCAAAACCACAGCGGAUAAUUCUCUUUCUUUGAGUUCUUUCUUGUAUUGAACCCUAGACUCCAAUUUACUCUACAGAAUUAGCAAGAGACUGGCAUAGGCAAUGGGAAUGCAGGAAACACACAUGUACAUGAAAAGAUAAUGAGUAGGCUUUCAUUCAGGCCUCGGCCAUUAGACAUUCACAAGAAGCUCCCAAUUGUCAAGUCUGUCAAGGAUUUUGAAGAAGAUGACACUCCCACUUCUACUCGCAACUCUCAGCUCCUCCGAAUUGCUGCUGUUGAGCCUCAUAAUGAGGUGCACCACAUCCCUACUAAGAAACUAGCUCCUGAAAUACCCACUCCUCAGUUUGUUGUUGUUGAUACAUAUGAAAGAGACUAUGCCCGUACUUUUGCUCAACCCACAUCCUAUCUACGUGCAAGGGGAGCUCGAGCAGAACUUGGGGAGUUUGUUGACUAUGAUCUCGACAAUGAGGAUGAGGUUUGGCUUCAAGACUUCAAUAAAGAUAGGAAGCAUCUUUCACCUGAAAGGUUUGAAAAUCUUCUUUUCAAGUUGGAAGUGUUGGAUCAUAAAGCUCGGGAAAGAGCAGGGGUUAUAACCCCCACUCUUGCUUCACCAAUCCCUGUACUUCUACAACUUGAUUCUGCAAUUGAGGCCAUGCAAGCUCAAGGUCAGUCCGCCCGACAUGCAGUUUUACUGUCUGUUUAUAAUUAUUGGAAGCAAAAGCGCGAAAGAUGGCAGAAGCCUAUUCUGCGACACUUGCAGCCUCCUCCACCAGUUAAUGACACCAAUCCGUACAAUGUCUUCAGGCCAAGGGAAAAAGCUCACAGACUCCACACAAGAAGGAUGCAAAGGAGGGAAAAUAAUGUGCAGUCAUUUGAAAAGCUUCGCCAGGUUAGGCGAAACCUCAACCAAGCUAAAACAAUACUUGAGGCUCUUAUUAAGCGGGAGGAGAAAAAAAGAGAGGCGACGGAGACUGAAGUGAGCCUCCAAAGAAUCCAAAUGAAGUACAAGCAUGAAACUGAGCUCCUUGAGUACAGCUUGGCCCUUCCUGGAUUCACGCCUUUGUCUUCCAAGUUUGCUUCAAGUGAAGAUGAAUUUGUGGAUUCAGAUGAUCUAGCAAGCAGCCGUCCACGUGCCCAAACUGCUGCAGUUCAAAAUCCUCCUUUAACAGAUUCUAUCCUUACAGUGCCUGCAGGAAGCAUGAAGCAAGAGUUUAGGCGGCGACAUACACCAUAUGGUUGGCUUAAUAAAAUGGAUCCUCUGGAGCCAGUUCUGUUGUUCACAAAGCCUCUUGUUCCAGAAAAGUUGGCAGCUGCAGGCAUUGUGCCACCAGUAGAUUCUUCAUCAAAGAAUUGUGCAUCGACACCUCCAUACAGAUUCCAUGGAAGAAUUGGUCGAGGUGGACGAAUUGUGUUUGAUAGAUGGAACCCAUUUUUGCAUACUACAAUAGACAUUGGCAACUCUUUUUGCGUGCCACCAAGACCCCACCCUUCAGCAUAUAAUUGAUGUUGUUACUUUCAUAGUCUCACUUCAGGUUGUGGCUGAUGACACUCUAGAAAUAGGUUCAGAUGAUAUUUAUUGUAAAUCAAGGAAAACUUUUAGGGAUCGCAAAUGCUAUUCUAGGGCAGCAAGCCACAUUUCUAACUGUAUUUUCCUUAGAAGAGCAUGCUUGUGCCCGCUCCUUUACUCAAAAUUAUUAGAAAAGCUUGCCUGUGUUUCUCUU